AUGUCUUACGUCACUCAGUCUCAGACUAACAUCACUGCUGGACUGCAGUACAGAGGGAUACUGGAAGUUCUGUUGUCGUCUGUUCCAAUUACAGUAUCCUGCUGUGUGUUUCUCUUUAUUAAUGGGCUCAUGCUGCACACCUUGAGGAGUAAACCAGUGUUUUGUGAAACAGCCUGUUACAUUCUUCUUUAUAACCUAAUUUUUGCAGACACUGUACAGAUGGUCUUGACUCAAUUAUUGUACUUACUGUCUGUUUGUAGAAUCAGACUUACAUAUCCUGUAUGUGGUUUUCUGAUCAUGAUUACCACUCUUACAACUGGGAUCUCUCCUCUCACACUGGUGGUGAUGUCUCUGGAGAGAUAUGUAGCUGUGUGCUGCCCACUGAGACACGCUGCCAUCAUCACCAUCAGAAACACAGCACUAGCUAUUAUCAUAGUUUGGUCCAUCAGUUCACUAAAUGUUUUCAUUAGAGUGAUUUUGCUGUUAAUUUUUCCAUUUGAAGACCUAGAGAGUUUGCAAAUGAAAGACUUUUGCUCUCUUACUCAUGUGUUGCUCAACCCAAUCUCUGAUGAUUAUGACAAAGCUUACACUUGUGUUCUGUUUGUAUCUGCUGCUGUGGCCGUCACUUGCUCCUAUAUUGGUGUUGCAAUAGCAGCCAGGUCGGCCUCCACAGACAAAGCUUCGGCCCGUAAGGCUCGUAACACACUGCUGCUGCACCUGAUACAGCUGGGCCUCAGUCUUUCCUCAACAAUUCAUAAUCCUCUGCUUACAGAGAUCUCAAAAGUCCUUGACAGAGUAACAGCUUUACGUAUCUUGAAUGUACUUUAUGUGUUUAUGAUGCUUCUUCCCAGAUGUUUGAGUCCUCUCAUCUAUGGCAUUAGAGACCAAACCAUCAGAGGCAUCCUCAUGUACCAUCUGUGCUGUCGAGCAAAAACUAUUGUUGGAUAUGUGGACCCCAAGGAAUUUCACACUCUCCACACGUUCCACUAG